AGCAGAGAUGCGCGUCCCCGAGUCAAGCUCAGAGAGAGAACGCGAGAGCGAGCUGCCGACACUCAGGGACUGAGCGGACAGCGCCGCGGGAGAGACGGGGUAUGAGAUCCAACCCAAUCUGCUGCCAUCCAUCCCUCCCGAGCAUCCCAGCCGCCUGACAACCACCCGAUCACGACCCACUCAGACUCUGCGUUCCGAAAACUCCAAAAUCGGAACCGAAGAUGGAGCUUCGAGUGGGGAACAAGUAUCGCUUGGGGAGGAAGAUUGGCAGUGGAUCUUUUGGCGAUAUAUAUUUGGGUGCUAACAUUGCUACGGGAGAGGAAGUAGCCAUUAAACUGGAAUGUGUGAAAACAAAACACCCGCAACUCCACAUCGAGAGCAAGUUCUAUAAAAUGAUGCAAGGAGGAGUGGGUAUUCCUUCCAUCAAGUGGUGCGGUGCAGAGGGCGAUUACAAUGUAAUGGUGAUGGAACUGCUGGGUCCAAGUCUGGAGGACCUCUUUAAUUUCUGUUCUCGCAAAUUCAGCCUGAAGACCGUCCUUUUGUUGGCUGACCAGAUGAUCAGUCGGAUUGAAUAUAUUCAUUCCAAGAACUUCAUCCAUAGGGACGUGAAGCCAGACAAUUUCCUUAUGGGCCUGGGGAAAAAAGGAAAUUUGGUUUACAUCAUUGAUUUUGGUCUUGCUAAGAAAUACCGUGAUGCCAGAACACACCAGCACAUACCAUACCGUGAAAAUAAGAACCUUACUGGCACGGCCCGCUAUGCCUCUAUCAACACCCAUCUUGGCAUUGAGCAAUCCAGACGUGAUGACUUGGAAUCCCUGGGCUAUGUUCUCAUGUACUUCAAUCUGGGCUCCCUGCCCUGGCAGGGCCUCAAAGCUGCCACCAAGAGACAAAAAUAUGAGAGAAUCAGUGAGAAGAAAAUGUCCACACCCAUCGAGGUGCUCUGUAAGGGCUACCCUUCCGAGUUUUCAACUUACCUGAACUUCUGCCGCUCCCUGCGGUUUGAUGACAAGCCAGACUAUUCAUACCUGAGGCAACUCUUUCGAAACCUCUUCCACCGGCAGGGAUUCUCGUAUGACUAUGUGUUUGACUGGAAUAUGCUCAAAUUUGGUGCUGGGAGAACACCAGAGGAGGGUGACAGAGAAAGACGAGAGCAUGACAGAGAAGAGCGUAUUGUGCAGACAAGGAGCUCGGCAGCCCGGGCUCUGCCACCUGGGCCCGCAGCUGGAGCAGCUAGUAAUCGUGUACGAAAUGGACCAGAGCCCGUGAUGUCUACACCUGUGUCCCGAGUACAGCAGUCAGGGAACACUUCCCCUCGAGCAAUUUCUCGCGCAGAACGAGAGAGGAAAGUCAGCAUGCGUUUGCAUCGUGGGGCACCCGCUAACAUCUCCUCCUCCGAUCUUACAGCUAGACAAGAGGUGGCCCGAAUUUCUGCAUCACAGGCCAGCAUGCCCUUUGACCAUUUGGGAAAAUGAACACAAAGCCAGCAUCCCAUGAGACAAUAUUUUUGGAUUUUUUUCCUGGUUCCUUUUUUGUUGGUUUAAGUUGUGGGGUUGCAGAACAGAACAGCUCAUCCCCCCCUUCCUGCCUGACGCCAGCUGGAGCCCAUUUGCUUGGCAAUAAACAUGAAGACCCCUCUUGCUCAUCUGAGGGAAUGGACCUCACUGCAAGUCUUCUCCACUGACUGGGAAAGGCAUGUCAUUGGGACUGACAAUAGACAGCGCUGGUCACGUGUCGACAAAAUCUUGUUUUUGUUUUUCUGUUUAAAUAUCACAUCAGCAUGCAGGAUGGUUGAUAGGAACAUUAGUGUUGAGGCUAAUCUAGUGCACAGAAAACAUGAUAUAAUCAGAGGGCGUGGAUACACAUCUAUCUGCGUCAUUUUUGACAAGUUCUUCAGAUGCCACGUGGGGUGCUGCACUCCUUUUGGCACAGCACCUUGCAGAAAUAAUGAAUUCUUUUAUGUUCUGCUGUCUUGUCUAGCAGUCACAGAUCAUCGCCUCACUUAAUUGCUUUUAAUUGCUGCUUUUAAAAGAUAUCAUACAUUACCUCUGAUUUGUUCCCUUUAGUGGCAACAUUUAUUCAGGAUUCUGUGUGAAACAGCCAACUCCUCCCAAAUUUGGAAAGUGGCUUUUUUAAAUGGCAGAGGGGUGGGGUAGCAUUCAAAGCUGGCCAGUUCUGCCCAUUUUUAUUUAUUUAUUUAUUUCUCUCUCUCUUUCCUCAAUGACUAGUUCUCACUCGAAGUUGGCAUACUGCUCCAAUUUAACAAUAAUCAUUUUCUUCAAGACUUGCUCUUUGAUUCUUCUGUCAAGAUUGUUGCCCAGGAAAGUGGUGCUUCCUGUACACCACACUCCCUUUCCAUUGGCAUUGAUUGGAUUAUUUGCACCAGCAUACAUGUGAUUAUGUGACACUCAUGUAUAAACCUUUUACUUGCAUCUGGAUUUUAAUGUAUAGCUUCUGUUUGUUUAUUUUACAGGGCAAAAUAGUAUUCAGUUUUUUAAUAUGCUAUAUAUAAUUUUUUCUAAAGAUUUUUUGCCAUGCUGCUGUUUUAACCAAUUUCUAUAAACAAUUAUUCUCUUCCCCUGUGGCAAAGAGGAGGAAGCCGAACAUGAAUAUUUAAGGGGGAGUAGCCCAUCUUGAAUACGUCCCAUAAUUGUUUAACCAAAAAAACUGGCUUACAGCCUACUUUGGUAGCUGGCGCAAGUAACACAAUGAGUGAUUAUGAGAUGAUAUGCAGAGGCACUUUGCCUUAAGCUGAUGGCCAAGUACAUACGUGUGCGUGUGUGUGGGCAGAGGCCACUUUGGACUACUUAAUUUGACAGUUAACACCAAAAAAAAAAAAUACCAAGAGUAGUUUUGAUUUUACUCCUACAUUCUGCAAGUUUGCAAUUCCAGACUCUUGAAUCUGUGAGGGAGGGGAAAAAAUAUCAGAGAAUCUAAUUAUAUGAAAUCCUUCCAUAUAUUUUAUUGUUCACUUCUGUCAUCUAGCAUACCCUGCUGCACCCCCUUACUGUUCAGUUUCAGAUUAUUGUGUGCUUGAACUGCCCUCAUGUGUUUACUUGAGCAGUUACUUUAAAUCUAAUGGUUAUGAAACAGCUGGAACAUUUCACAAUGGAGAAUGUAGACCCCACCCCACUUUUUUCCCCUUUUUUAAUAUCUACUUUUUGUAAUUUCAUGCCCAUGGCAAAAAUUCCCAGCCUUUACAUUUACACUUUUUUUUUCCUUUGAGCUGUGUAUUUCUAUUUCUUUCUGCACACACUCACUUUUUCAGUGCCCCACCCCCACCUAUUUAUUUACUCUAUUGAAUUUCUCACUUAUGUUUACUGUCAUAAUAACUGAAUAAUUUAAGUAAUAUUUGUGUAGGGGUGGAAGAGAUGGACUUUUUUUUACUUAAGUGUAAAUAUUUUUUUUAGUGUAAAGACAAAACGUGAUGAUUGUUUUAAUGAUGUUAUGUAGAGAAAUUAAAAAUGGAAAAGUUUAAAUAAAACACACAAAGACUUAACAAGGUAACUUUGCAGAGGGAUGUGAUCACAAUGUCCACUGAAGAUUUUCUUGUAUGUUUGGUUGCGGUUGGCUGUACGUGGAAUUUUGGAGCUGUGCUUAACCGUAUGUGCUCCUUUGUCUUGACCUCCCUGCCUUUUUUUUUUCUUUUCUAUAAUUAUUAUUAAAGUUAAAUGGGAUGCCUCUCCUCCCACUGCAGGGACAACAAUUUGAUUGUGUCUAACCAUACCAGACUGGCACCCAGGGUGCCUCAUUUUAUUCUCCUAUAAAUGACCUCUAUUUGCCAAACUGAGCCAAUAUACAACAUGGAUCUAUUUUCCCCCAGUACAAAUCCUAAGACAAAAAAUGCAACAGACAUUUGCCAUAACCUCAAGCCUGUUCCCCCUAUUUGAAGGAUAAUCAUAAUUUCUCUUUGGCUCAUUUUUAAAGGUCACUUUUGGAUGGUCUUUGGUUCACUAAAGGUGUUGUCCUUAGACUCUAGGAGGAGAAGUUUAAAGGGGUCAACGUGACACAAGGGACACGAGAAAGUUAGAGGACAGCAUUUUUUUUAGGUGCUGCGUUUCAGGAGCCUGUCUAGACAGAGUCUCAAAUUCGUAGAGCUGGCAAUUUGGACUUAUUAUAGUACCCACAUUUGAGAGUGGCAUGGGUUAGACAGCAUGUUGCUGUCUCUCCAAACCACCUAAAAUAUUGGGAAAGAUAGCGAUGGGCUUUGUUUCAGUGGAAAGAAGCUGUUGUUGAAUUUGAGAAUCGGUCUGAUGAACCAUAAGAUAGGUUUGAUUGGGUUAGGUGUGGGAAAAUGCAUUUGAUUGGACUGCUGGAAAAUGUGGUGGCUUUACAGAUCGCUUGUUGGCUUGCUGCGCCUGUAGAUGUUUGAAAUGUUAUUGUAGUCUGUUUAUCUUGGCGUGGGAAGGGAGAAGCCUGGGGGUGGUGGUGGCAGUUGUGGGAGGGGGGUGUAAAGGGAGUUCUGCGAUUUGGGGGGGGGGUUAGGGAACAGAUGGUUUCUGUAGUAGUAAUGUACGGAUUCAAACGAGUGACACAUCCCUUGUCUCAGCCAGGACACACAAUUGUUGUAUUGCGUGAUGAAUCUUGUACAGUUCUUUGUUUAACACUAUUUAACUUUAUUUACAACAGCAUUUGUGUAUAUUUUAUGAAAUAAUUAAAAGUUAAAUAAAAAAAGCUCAAAAUACA